AUGGUGACUUCCCGCAGUUCAUUGUUUUCUCAUUUCUCAUUUCUCAUACUUGCAUUAGCCAUCCUACAGGCUGACGCAUCAAGAAUUCAUGAUGAUUAUCUAAAAUGCCUACAAUCUCAAAACUCAGACUCCAUAUCUACCAUUGCUUACACCCCAAGAAACACAUCAUAUGCAUCCAUAUUGCAAUCCACAGAGCAAAACUUACGUCCCGCAUCAACCUCUCUAUUCAAGCCAACUCUCAUCCUUACACCACUUCAUUCAUCUGAGAUCCAGGCAGCAAUACGCUGUGCCAAGAAACAUGAAAUUCAAAUCAGAGUCCGGAGUGGUGGACAUGAUUAUGAGGGUCUUUCCUAUGCUUCAACAAGCCCUUUUGUCAUUGUUGAUCUUAGAAACAUUAGCUCGAUAUCAGUUGACAGGGAAAAUCGUACGGCAUGGGUUGAAGCAGGGGCAACUCUUGGCCAACUUUAUUACAAAAUCGGUGAGACAAGUAGGGAACUCGCAUUCGUUGCUGGUGCUUGUCCCACAGUAGGCGUUGGAGGACACUUCAGUGGAGGAGGCUAUAGCAUGUUGUCACGUAAAUUUGGGUUGUCAGUUGAUCAUAUUAUUGAUGCCAAAAUUAUUGACGUGAACGGUCAAAUUUUGGAUCGACGGUCUAUGGGUGAGGAUCUAUUUUGGGCAAUCAGAGGAGGUGGUGGAGCAAGUUUUGGGAUCAUCAUUGCAUGGAAAGUAAGUCUUGUUUCUGUUCCUGAAAAGGUAACAGUUUUCAAUCUAACCAAGACAUCGGAUCAAAAUGCCACUCAGCUAGUAUAUCAGUGGCAACACAUUGCAGACAAGAUUGAUGAAAAUUUACUAAUUAGGCUCUUCAUAUCGAGUUCCACUUCUCCCCAAACCGGAAAGAAAUCCAUAGUAGUUUCAUUUACCUCUUUGUUCGUCGGUGGAAUUGAUCAGCUCCUUUCCUUGAUGCAAAAAAGCUUCCCAGAGCUGGGAUUGGCAAAAGAAGAUUGCAUUGAAAUGAGCUGGCUCGAGUCCACAGUCUACUUUGCCAACAUUCCAGGAGCUGCAUCAGUUGAGGUCCUUCUGGAUAGGAAUUCGUCCAAGUCAUAUUUCAAAGGAAAGUCAGACUAUGUAAAGAAACCAAUUUCAGUAAAAGGUCUUGAAGGAUUAUGGAAAAGGCUUUUUGCAGAAGAAGAAGAAGACAUGGAGGCACAUUUCCAGCUACAGUUUAGUCCUUAUGGAGGAAUGAUGAGUGAAAUCUCAGAAUCUGCAACACCUUUCCCUCAUAGGAGAGGGAACAUUUUCAUGAUUCAUUAUGCAGCGGCAUGGGACAAAAAAAGCAAUGCAGAAUCCAAAAGACAUCUGAAUUGGACAAGAAGAAUUUACAGCUACAUGGCUGCCUAUGUAUCAAAGUCUCCAAGAGCUGCAUAUUUGAAUUAUAGGGAUCUUGACUUGGGAGUUAAUAAAAUCAAAGGCAAUACAAGCUAUAAACAAGCUAGCAUUUGGGGAACUAAAUAUUUCAACCAAAAUUUUGACAGAUUGGUACAUGUGAAGACUAAAGUGGAUCCAAGUAAUUUCUUCAGAAAUGAGCAAAGCAUUCCACCGCUGUCAUAAUGGUGGUAGGUAUAUUGAAGGACCAAAAAAAUAGAGUUUGUUUAUGGUUAUUUUCCUUUGCUCUUUUUUUUUUUUUAAAUGGUUCAUGGUACAAUGCGAAAUAAAUAAAAUUAUUGCUUUUAGAAUAUUAAUGAUCUGUACUACACAGCAAAUCUUUUGCCGUUGCUCUAGCUUCAAUUUUCCUUGUGAACGCAGAGAGGAAAUAAUCUUUCUUGGUUCUGAUUAGAUUUAAAUUCGUAGUGCUGUUAUG